AGCAGCUCGAGAUCAGUUCGUUGCGAAACGUCGAGCGUGAAAGAACCUCAGAGCGCAUCUUCAGUUACGAGCGAGUGAAGUGAAGAAGAAUAACCAGUACCAGUACCCAGAACCAGAUAUUAUCAGAACCCAGACAUUUUUACCAAGUGCAAGUGAUUCAAAAUGCUUUCCAUGCAAGAACUAAUGGAUAUGCGGAUGCAGCAGCAGCUGGCCCACGAGAUCUACCGCCAGCAGAUCAUGCAGCGAAUUCCAGACCCCUUCCCGUCGAUGCUGCCUUUCAAUAUGCCCCACCACCAGCAGCCACAAAUGAUGCUGCCCAGCCGGCCCACCCUUCCUGGCGUGGAGGCCAAGUUGGAGAACAACGAUCUGUGGCAACAGUUCCAUAAAAUCGGCACCGAGAUGAUCAUCACAAAGAGCGGCCGACGCAUGUUCCCCUCGAUGCGCGUUUCCCUCAGUGGACUGGAGGAGGAGGCCAGCUACUGCGUCCUGCUGGAGAUGGUACCCAUCGGCGACUGCCGCUACAAGUUCUCCGGAUCCCAGUGGGUUCCGGCCGGCGGAGCCGAGCCCCAGAGCCCCCAGCGCAUGUAUCUGCAUCCGGAUAGUCCGGCCACCGGUGCCCAUUGGCAGUCGCAGGCUCUGCUUUUCAACAAGGUGAAGCUAACCAACAACACGCUGGACAGCAGCGGACAUAUCGUUCUGGCCAGCAUGCAUAAGUACCAGCCACGCCUGCACAUUAUCCGAAGCAGCGAGCUCACCCAACUUCCCUGGGCUCCUCAGCAGGCGUUCGUGUUCCCGGAGACGGAGUUCGUAGCUGUCACAGCCUAUCAGAAUGAUCGCAUAACCAAGCUAAAGAUCGACAACAAUCCCUUCGCCAAGGGUUUCCGCGAAACGGGUCAGUCCCGCUGCAAAAGGAAGCUGAACAGCAGUGGAAACUCCAGUCUGGAGUCGGAGGACGAUGGGUCCAGUGUGAGCAGCUGUGACUCCCCGCAGGCGAAGCGUCAGCGCCAGGACUUUGAGCAGGACUCGACGGGCAGCGUUUCACCAGCCUACUACGGAGCCCAAUCAGCUGCCAGUUCCCUAUCCCCCUACCACCGCCAUCCCCUGAGCUAUGGACCAAGUUUGGCCCUAGGACUUCCAGCCUAUUUCAGUGGAGUUCCUCCUCAGGCUCUGGCCAUGCCUCCAGCUGGCUAUGUGCCAGCUCCUGCUCCUGUCAGUCCUGUGGCACCACAACCAGUUGGCUCCAGCACACCCAAGCCUUCGACCUCCACCAAGCGGAAUAGCUUCAGCAUUUCAGCCAUUUUGGCGUACUGAAAAAUCGUAGUACGAACCACUUAGGUUGGAGUCAUCUUCUGUUGUGAUUAGUGAGAAACGUGUGCAUAUACUUUGUAAGCUACUGUAUACUAGCCAUAAGAUCGUUUAAGUACCCAGCCGCAAUCAUAUACUUUGUUAAAUCGUUUUAAGUGUCUUUGGACAGAAUAAACAAAAUACAGCAAA